AUGAGUAAUUACGAAAGUCCCUCUGCAGUAUCUAUCAUCUUAUAAUUUGUCUAGAACUCCAAAUACAGUAGACACAAAGGCUAUUUAAAGUGGGAACUUGCUAAUAAGGAUGUUAAUGGUGCAUUUGAUGUUCAACAACUACAAUUAGAAAAGGGACUAAUCAAUCGAGAUAGAUAAGCGAAUUCCUUAAUGAUACCUUCGAUGAAAUCACCCUAAUCUUCACAAAUUAGUCCUGAACCUUCAACAACAAGGGAGCAUACUUGUUGUGAUAAAUUAGAUGAAUUAAGCAAGUAAUACUAACUAAUCAUCAAUGAGCAAAUGAAUAAAUUAACUGAGUUAAAUUUAUUGAUUUAACAACAUUCUAAACUCUUGAUUGACUCUUAUAAUCAAGGAUUGGAAGAUGCUAAAACACAAUAAUAAAAGGAAUAAUAGAUUCUAGAAAAUAAUCGUUUAUUGAGAGAAAGGGAUAGACAGAUUCAAGAGUGGGAAGAGAGGUACAAUAAGGAGAAAAAGAUUGGAGAUGAAAAGGAAGAAGAGAUUCGUGAACUGGAAAAACAGGUAAAAGAAUUGGCAACACAAGUCGUCGUAACUACAAGUGCCACAGAUUUGGAAAGUGAGAAAAACCAAUGGAAAAAUAAAUUCAUCACAUUAAAUAAACAGUUUAAUGAAGCCGAAUAGUAAGUGGUUGUACUUGAAAAUGAGAUCGAUAUGUUGAAAUAAUAGUAGAAGAAGACUGAAGUUAGAACAACCACUAGAAGAAAAACAGUUACAAAGGAUAUCCCUUUGCCCUGA